GUUCGUGUAUUUGUUGCCGACUAAUCCAGUCGUCACUGGUUUUAAGAUGAACGUGUUUCGGACGCGAGUAAAUUAGUCGUGACAGUUUCACAACCCAAGAGAGAAAGUGUUUUGCAAACCUGUAACGUUACAGGGUCACUCCACGUUUUGAAAGAAUAUUAAAAGUGACCAUUUGCUGACAAGAUUUUGACAUCUGUCCACCAUGAGGUUUGCAGUGGCCAUGCGUGCUGUUGCCUUGAUACUUCUUUUGGGCUUCACCUGGCUUCUAGCAAAUUCAAUGCUAGGAGGGGAUGGGAACUCCUUGAUAAGGACGCUCUUUAGUGGUGGACAAGAAGAAGCCACUCCAGAACCACGACCACGCAAGUACAAAUGUGGCCUGUCAGCACCGUGCCCCCCCAAACAUCUCGCAUUCCGGCUGACUUCUGGCGCUGCCAAUGUCAUCGGCCCCAAAAUGUGUCUGGAGGAUAAAAUUCUUGUCAGCAGUGCUAAAAACAAUGUGGGCAGAGGUCUCAAUAUUGCUUUAGUAAAUGGGGUCAGUGGAGAUCUUUUGGAGAUAAGAGCAUUUGAUAUGUGGGCAGGAGAGGUUGCAGAGCUGCUGAAGUUUCUUCGGCCUCUCCAUGAAGGAACGCUAGUAUUUGUUGCUUCUUUUGAUGACCCUGCCACCAAGUUAAAUGAUGAGGCCCGGCGGCUGUUCGAGGAGCUGGGGAGCACGGCAGCAAAGGAACUGAGCUUCAGGGACAGCUGGGUGUUUGUUGGAGCCAAAGGAAUAGAGAAUAAGAGUCCAUUUGAACAGCGAAUGAAGAACAGUAAAAGCAAUAAUAAAUAUGAAGGCUGGCCUGAGUCACUGGAGAUGGAUGGCUGCAUUCCUCUGCGCUCUCCGUUAGAAACUUGAGGACUCACGGGGACUUUGAACUGUAGGAACACAUCAAACCCAAAAAUCAAGGAGCAAAAGUGACUCGACUAUCUGAAGUGAACAUAGAAGUGGAAGAAGCUGUCUGGUCCAGUGGAAUUAGAUUUGUUUCAUUGACCAAAGAAGAAUUUUUUUUGUUUUUGUUCUUUAUUAUAUUUUUUUAAAUAUGUUUAAACAGAAUGUUUAGAAAGAUUUUAUAUAUA